AUGAAGACUCUUCAUUUAAUUAUUUUUCUUCUAACUAUUUUAUUAACAAUUGGUCAAUCACCAGAUCAACUUUAUGGUGAAUUAUUUGAAGCAGUACAAAUUCAACGUAUAUUUCCUGAUUCAAAAACAUUUUGUGAUGUUCUUCCACGUAAACUUGAUCCAAAUGAAACUCUUUACUUAUAUAAACAAGAAUAUAAUAAACCAACAUUUAAUUUAACUUCAUUUGUCUUUGAUAAUUUUAUUAUACCAAAUACAACAACUGUUGUACAUGAAAAAUGGACGAUUGAAGAACAUUGUCGUCGUUUAUGGCCAUUAUUAACACGAACAACAAAUCAUGAAAAUUUUUCAUCAUUUAUUGAUGUUCCACAUGCAUUUGUUGUACCUGGUGGACGUUUUAGAGAAUUUUAUUAUUGGGAUACAUAUUUUACUAUGUUAGGUUUAAUAAGAUCAAAAGAAUGGCAACUAAUAGAUAAUAUGUUAGAUAAUUUUGCUUAUUUAAUUCAAACAAUUGGACAUAUUCCAAAUGGUAAUCGAUAUUAUUAUGAAGGACGAUCUCAACCACCAUUUUUCUCAUUAAUGACUGAAUUAGUUAAUAAAACAGAUAAAUAUAAAAAUGAAUUAGAAAAAGAAUAUCAAUUUUGGAUGAAUAAAAGAAGCAUUACACUUGAUGAUGGAACAAUUUUAAAUCGCUAUUACGAUGAUUUACAUACUCGACCAAGACCAGAAGCAUAUCGUGAAGAUAGAGAAAUAUCAAAUAAAAAAAAUAAUACAGAUAUUUAUGUUCAUCUUCGAGCAGCUGCUGAAUCCGGUUGGGAUUUUAGUUCCCGAUGGAUGGAAGAUGAAAAAGAUUUAUCAACAAUAAUAACAACACAUAUUCUUCCUGUUGAUCUUAAUUGUUUAUUAUAUCAUUUAGAAUUAAUAUUAAAUAAACAAAAUGAAGCUGAACGUCGUCGACAAGCUAUACAAAAAUAUAUGUGGUCAAAUGAUCUUCAAUUUUUUACUGAUUAUAAUUAUAUACAAAAGAAGCCAACUAAUCGUUUAACCUUAGCUGCACUUUUUCCUUUAUGGCUUGACGUUUCAACAAAAGAUCAAGCUGAAAAUGUUGCUCGUCAAGUUGAAAAAUUAUUUUUACGUGAUGGUGGUGUUGUUACAACAAUAUCAAAUCAAAGUACACAACAAUGGGAUAGUCCAAAUGGAUGGGCUCCAUUACAAUUUAUAACAUAUCGAGCUUUACUUAAAACUUCUGGUUAUGAAACACUUGCUCAAACAAUUCGUCAACGAUGGAUGAAUUUAAAUGAACGAGUGUUUAAAGAUACAGGUAAAAUGAUGGAAAAAUAUGAUGUUGUUAAUAUAAAUAAACCAGCUGGUGGUGGAGAAUAUGAAACACAAGAUGGUUUUGGUUGGACAAAUGGAGUUUAUUUAGAAAUGCUUUAUGAUCAGCAAUCAACAUCGAAUUCAAUUAAAUAUGAAACAAAUUUUUUUCAAAUUUUUUUGUUUUCUAUCUUAAGUUUUUAUUUUUCAAUAAAAACUUAA